CAGCAGCGGCAUUGGAAUGUACCAAACACUGGAAUAGCACGAAUAAUUUAAUUGUCCUACAAGAUUCAGAGUUGCAAGUUUCGAUACCUGACCCAUCAAGUCGAUUGUUUUUGUGUUUUUAUUCUGUUCAAUUGUAAAUAUAGUGACUUAUUUCGUACGAACUUGUGAGGAAAGUAAAGACAUCUUCACCAGUCGUGUUGAAAUAUGGUGGACAAGCUAGUUAACAGCGAAGCCAAUGCUCGGCGGAUACAGAUGGUGGAAAACUGUUUCGGGACAUCCGGACAGCCGUUGUUUCUUCCUGGGCGUGUACUAGUUGGCGAAGGUGUCCUUACAAAAAUGUGUCGUAAACGUCCUAAAGCAAGGCAAUUUUUCUUGUUUAAUGACAUUCUGGUUUAUGGCAAUAUUGUUAUUGGCAAGAAAAAAUACAACAAGCAACACUUAAUACCCCUAGAGGAAGUUCAAUUACAGGCGCUGGACGAUAAUGGCCAGUAUAGAAAUGGAUGGCUGAUACGUACGGCUACAAAAUCUUUCGCCGUGUACGCUGCGACCCAAACAGAAAAACAAGAAUGGAUGGCACACAUCAACAAGUGCAUUGAAGAUUUAUUACGCAAAAGCGGGAAAAAACCGGUUGAAACGCAUGCUGCUGUAUGGGUUCCGGACAGUGAAGCAACUAUCUGCAUGCACUGUAAAAAGACUCAGUUUACUAUGAUCAACAGAAGGCAUCACUGCCGAAAUUGCGGGGCCGUUGUAUGUGGUCCUUGUUCGUCGAAAAAGUUCAUUCUUCCAGGUCAGAGUAAUAAACCGCUGCGUGUAUGCCUUGAUUGCUACGACAACCUCACUUCUAUGAAGCGUGACGGAAACAAAGCACUUACCGGUAACAACAACAAACCAGCAAAUUCUACUGAAAGUUCCGGUGAGGAUGAUUCAGGAGAUGAUGAGGAAACCCUUAAGGAUAAUGUUACCCACGACGAACCCAAGUUUUACGCCGAUGAUAAACUUGAAAAAUAAUACUGUAAGUGCUUUAAUGAAUCCUUCAUAGCGUAAUGCUGGCGUUCGAACUAAUAAAGUAAAAGUUUCGGGGAGAACAGUCUGUACUGCAUUAAAUAAUCGUAUAUGCAGCAGAAAAUGAAACAGAAACCAAUUUCAUUUUGAUGUAUACUCUUAUAUUCAUUUUAAUAAUGGUUGAAAAUACAUUGGGUAUCUUAUUACACAAGCUA